AUGGCCGCGUGCAGCUGCAGAGUGGCGGUGCUGGUCCUCCUCUUCUCGCUCGCCGUGAUGCUCGUGGCGACGCCUCCUCCGUGCGCAGCAGCGGCAAGGGUGCUGCUGCUUGUUGCCGACGUACGACCACGCGCCGGCACCGCCGGUGGGGAGCAUGGCAGCAGCAAGGGAGAUGGACCGUCGUUACCGACGGCGGCGGACGAGAGCAGGCUCCGGCGAGGAUCGCCGCCGGCGUCGUUGGCCGGCAGGAGGACGACGGCCGCUGGCAAUGCCGCCGCGCGGGUGCUGGGGUCCGUCCCGAGCCCCGGCGUCGGGCACUAG